ACUAUCGGCCGCUGAUGCUCCGUCAAUGUUGUCAUUAAAAUAUUUGUCCAAAACAAAUGUCUCCAGAGCAUGCGGUUCCGCCUCAGCAGUGUCCAUCAGGCCGAACCGGGUCAGAGCAGGACUUCACUCCGCGCUUUCCGUUAAAGAGGAGACACACCGCAGAGCUGAGAGGAGAGUGUGUGAGUCAGUGCUGGAGCAGUUUCACAGCCAGUACACAGAGGAGCUGGGAGAACUGUGGCUUCAUGCAAGAGAAGUCCUGCUGAAUCCUCACUGUUGGCAGUACGGCGUCCUCCUGAAUCGAUUCAGCGAUCAUCUGGAUAUCAAGUCCGUCUUAAAAUCGCUCGGCUAUUACAGCCUUCUCUGUCAACCAGAUUCUCCUAUCGCCCGGUCUCUUCAGUGUCUCGUCCAUAAAGAUGCAGUGCGUCUGCCCACGCAGAGACAUCGGGACGGUUGGCUGAAACAGUACUACCUGCUGAAUGCUGCAUCCCUGCUGCCCGUGAUGGCUUUGGCUGUGAGGGACGGCGAGAGUGUGUUGGAUCUGUGCUCCGCUCCAGGAGGGAAAGCCCUGGCAGUACUGCAAACGGCAAACCCAGGGCUGCUGCAUUGUAACGAAGUGGAUAAGAGCAGGUAUGAGUGGCUGGUGAAGACUCUGGAGUCAUACAUCCCUCGUUCACUCGGAGACACCCUCACCAUGACCAAUGAGGACGGCAGGGACAUUGGGAGCAAGAAGCCAGAGAUGUUCGACAAGGUGCUGGUAGAUGCCCCAUGCUCCAAUGACCGCAGUUGGCUGUUUAGUGCCGGAGCCCAGCAGGGGGAGCUGCGGCUGAGAGAGCGAGCCAAACUGCCUCAGCUGCAAAAGGAGCUUCUCAGUUCAGCCUUAGCGGCGGUGCGUCCCGGAGGACUUGUGGUUUACUCCACCUGCACCUUUUCCCGUGCUGAGAACCAAUCAGUCAUGGAGGCGGUUCUUUCCACCUCCCAGGGGGUGGAGCUCCUAGACCUGGAGGAGGAUCUGAUCAGCUCACUCUCUGGCCAUUUUAAAUUUGCCCACCUUCAACCUCCUCUGGGUCAUUUGGUGGUGCCAGAACAGGGCAGAACGUGGGGACCCAUGUAUGUGUGCAGAUUGAGGAGAAGCUCCUAAACACCUACUUUCUCAUGGAGCCCACAGGAGUUUUGAGUUUACCUCCGUCGAUUAAGGAACAUUAUUCCACGGCGCUGUUGAAUUCUCAAAUCUGAUUGGUCUGAAAGUGUGAUUUGAGAUUGUGUAGCGGUAGAUGGGGCAGUGGUGCCGCUGGAAUUGCUGAUAUGAUGAAGUUUUCUGUGAGGAAAUGUUUGUUUAAUAUUUAUGGAAGGAGUCUGUGUGAGCAGGAGGGCUUUGUAACAGUGAGCGGUAAAGCUGUAGUACCAGUCUCUGCUGUUCCAUAGCAUUAAAUGUAACUAUACAUUUAUACGUGAGUUUCAUAAAUAAAUAAAACACUGUAAUCAUCGGAAAACUGCUGCGGUAUCAGAGGAAUAAAACACCACCCCCUGUUUUUGAUUAUUUUGUAUAAUAGUGUGUUCUGAAGUGUUUUAUUCCUCACCUGGUGCAAGUUUGUUUAAACUUUUAGAUCGGUUCAUGAUAUUUAAGCUGAAGUGCUCAGCCGUGGACUGAAUAAAAGCUUUAGUACCUGGAAAAAACAGUUUAACUGAGAUUUUUAAGAAGAAUUUUACUUUGCCUGAAUAUAUUUUCUGAUUUUUUUAAAAUUCUUCAAAUGAAAAUAUCACUUCUGAGGACCACAAUGGAAAUAAGUUUAUGCUUUAUUGUGCUAUCUUCGGCAAUGUCUGUUUUAUGCAUUUUAUGUACAUGUACUUUUAUUGCCAAAUAACAAAUGAUGAUGAUGAUGGCCUUUAUUGUCACUAGUCACAUGUACCAGCGAAAUUAGCCGUCAACCUGUCCGUACAUAAACAACAUACAAUUGACACAGGGUAGACAGGACAGGAAGACAGGGAUGAAGAUAAAAAGGAAACACAACAUGAGGAAAGAUAAGGAAAAAAAGAACACCCCCCCCACUAUGCUCCUGUCAGGAGUGCAGUGUGGGAACAUUUAAAAAACCUUUUGCACAUAAGCACACAACAACACAAGUACACUUUAAACACGGGACUUGGGGGGGGAAUCAGGGGUAAGAGGGGAGGAGGUAAUCCAGCGCAAGCAAGCAGCCGUCCGGUCCUGCAGCCAUGAAGGCGCUGGUCACGCAUCCGCUUGUCACACUGGGGGUAAAAAUGGCGACCGCAGAGAGUUAGAGAAGGAAUGCGAAGGCCAGAGUGUCUCCCGGCAGUGACCUUCAGGGGGAAAUGUUGCCUCAGCAACGGCCUAAACCAAGGCCGGUGCUGUCUCAGGGCGCCGAAUGUCGAUAAGAUAUGAAUUGUUUGGUCUUUCCAGACGCAGUCUUUGCACAUCCACACCGCUCGUCCAUAUCUGUCCAUUCCGUCCAUUCUAUUCAAAUUGAUCUCUGAAAAACAUAUUCCUUGCAAAGCUGAAAGCUGCUCCGAGAUGAUAACCGUUUUGUGGUUAAAGUUCUGAAUGUCCACAGUCUGAGUGCCAACAGCUUUGCCCACCACUCCAAUCAUAUCGGGCAGCUUUGUGGGGCUUUGAACAGCUGUCACCGUUGUCUGAUUUCCUCGAUAUACCAGGGCAAUGCCUAAUCCAAUCAGCAAAAGUCCUGUAAUCAUGGCUCCGAAUAGGUAGAUAUCUUCAAUGUCCUCCACAGAAAGAAUCGCCAGGCACAUGACCCGCCACCGCUCCCACGCGUCCAUCAUGUAACCAGCCGCAAUGGUUCCGGCAGGACAGACGGGUUCCCCCGAACCCAAAUUUCUCAUCGAGAAAACUGUGUCAAUUUCAUUAGGAGACCAGUUUAUCAAUUCCAUGAUUUUUUUUAGUUUAGAAAGUAAUGCAGGAAGAGUCUCUUCAAAAAGUACAGCAGACGAGACAAGACACAGAAGCACAAGCAGGGAAAAAAGGAGGGAGAGGGAGAGCAGAAAAAUGCGACCGCCUUCCGUGGAAGCACAGAGAGAAAAAUCAAAUCAGUCAAUCACCAAAUUUGUAUCACUGUUGAGGCCAUAUUGACUACUUUCACAUUACCCAUAAUGCUUUGCGCCUUGGGGGGUAACCAGGUGCUAUAUUUGUUUACUAAGUCGGAUAACCUCAGUCAUUUCUUUGAAUUCACAUGAGGAAAAAAUGACUUUUCCUGAUUUAAAGUUUUAUAGAAUACCUAAAGAGGCUAAGCGUCGAAAAGCGUGGGUUAGACAGAAUUCGCCAUCAAAAUGUUACACCGACGGACAACACGCGUCCGUGUUCUACACACUUCAGUGGUGGAGUAAAGUCUGAUGAUCCAAGUCACAAAGCCGACAACCCGUCUGUCUUUGUGUUUAGCCAUAAAAAGUGCCAAAACCGAAAAACAAGGACGAGUCAAAGAAUUGAAAAGGACGCAUUUUUUGAAGGAUCAAAUCCCAAAACAAAGCGCAAACGAUGCAGUGUAAGUAAGCUGACAUAUCCUUCGCCUUUUAGUGUUUACGUAUGUAGAUCGAAUGUAGUAUUUGACCCUGUCGUCCUAACAGCUUCCUCUAACAGCCCAAAGAUUGUCGUAAUCUGGUAGGAUAUGAGCUUGAGGAAAAUCAGAGUGAAGGAAAUCAACUUAAAAAAUAAACUUGACGGUUCUGCUGUGUUUACUUACUUGACUGAGUGAAUUCCUUGCUUGUGUUCUCAUGCACGAAGCGUUUUGUAUUUUCUUACAGCUUUCUCGUCGUAACCAGCACCCGCCACAAACCAUUUCACUGUGGAUUCCUCUAUGAUGAGUGUCGAUCUUUCUCAGCUCUUCUGCCAAUCUUUUAACUUGUGCAGAUCAGUAAUUGUCAGAACACCCGUGUUGACAGACGAAGAAAGCUGCUGACUCACUGUCACCUGAAGUAGAGAUGUUCGAAGCGUUCGAUACGAUAUUUACAGGCGCUUUUUUUACCGACUGAUUUCUCAAAGUCCACAGAAAAGGCUUUUCAGAUUUCUUUAAGCUUUGGUUUUGUUAGUUUUGACACUACUUUGAAGAUUUUAGAGAGAUUUAAAUUCGAAAGAUUACUGUCGGUGUGUGACAUUGUGCUGUUUUAGUUUGUGUAUAUUUUGGUUACCGCCCAAGGCGCAAAGCAUUAUGGGUAAUGUGAAAGUAGAGAAUUGGAUUUUAUUCGAUUUCCAAACUUGGGUUUGAUUGAUAACACUUACACUCACAAUAUUUCCUGAUCAGAGCAAUCUUA